AAACAUACAUACAUACAUACAUACAUACAUAUAUAUAUAUAUCCUCAUAACUUCUUCUUCCGAAAUUUUCUCGCUUUCCCAAGAAAAUCCGGGCGGAGAUCGAAAUGCCAUCGCCACCGACGACGACUUCCCUCUCCGUCACACAAACCAUAAACGGAUCGCAUAGCUUCACCAUCGAGGGCUAUUCAUUGGCCAAAGGAAUCGGAAUCGGGAAACACAUCGCGAGCGACACCUUCAAAGUCGGAGGAUACCAGUGGGCAAUCUACUUCUACCCAGACGGCAAGAAUCCGGAGGAUAAUUCGGCGUACGUGUCGGUGUUCAUCGCUCUCGCCAGCGACGGCACCGAUGUUAGGGCUCUGUUUGAGCUUUCGUUGCUCGAUCAGAGCGGGAAAGGGAAGCAUAAAGUCCAUAGCCACUUCGAUCGACCCCUCGAGAGCGGUCCCUACACCCUCAAGUACCGCGGAAGCAUGUGGGGAUAUAAGCGGUUUUUCAGAAGAGCUAUGCUAGAAGCAUCUGAUUUUCUCGAGGAUGAUUGUCUGAAAAUCAAUUGCACUGUGGGAGUUGUGGUUUCAGAAACAGAUUGUCCGAGAUACCAUCUGAUCCAUGUCCCUGAAUCUGAUAUCGGAUCUCAUUUUGGGACGCUGCUGGAGAAUGAGGAAGGUUCAGACGUGACAUUUAAUGUGGCAGGCGAGAAGUUCCGUGCUCAUAGGUUGGUCUUGGCUGCCCGUUCACCUGUCUACGAAAAUGAGCUGCUCGAGGGGACUGCAGAUGAAGACCGAGAAAUUGAAGUCACUGACAUGGAACCUAGGGUUUUCAAGGCUUUGCUGCACUAUAUCUACAAGGAUGCCCUUGUCGAAGAAAUGGAGUUGGCAACUACCGGUUCAUCGGCAUCAGACACGUUGGCUGCAAAGUUGCUGGCGGCUGCUGAUAAAUACAGGUUACCUAGGCUCAGCCUGAUGUGUGAAUCCGUGCUCUGCAAGGGUCUGUCCGUAAAUUCUGUUGCAAACAUUCUGGCCAUUGCUGACCGCCACAAUGCUUCCGCCUUAAAAUCUGUUUGUCUCAAGUUCGCAGCAGAAAAUCUUGUUGCUGUGAUGAGAUCUGAUGGGUUUGCGUACCUGAGAGAGCACUGCCCUUUAUUGCAGUCUGAGCUUCUGAAAACAGUUGCAGGGUGUGAAGAGGAUGAGGUGAGUGGAGGGAAGACGAGAAGCGUCUGGGCGCAGUUCUCAGACGGUACAAACGACAGAAGCACAAGGCACUAGACCAAUGGAGGGCCAGACAGAAGCCAGAGCCUGCGGGUUCAACAGCCGUAGAAAAACAACAACAACCCCAUGCCAGAAGAUUGAGCAAGUAGAUGUAAGAAUGACAAACUAACCUGAUGGAAAAGAGAACAAUGACUCUCUUUUUGUAUAAAAGAGAAUAGUGGAAUUCUGGGCAGAGUUUGGCUGAGCAAAGAUCGAACACAAGUCUUUGGUAUUGUACUGCUGAAUGAGGCUCUGCAUGCAUUUCUUGUGUAAUAACACAAUUUUUGACCACCUCGA